GCCGCGCGUUAAGUUUUUCAAUAUUUUUUUAUAAGUAUUAAAAUUCCACUGCUAUUUCUGUAAUUUUUUUUUAGAAGAUCGUGUAAAUUUUUGUGCAAAGCUUAUAAAGAAAGGCAUUCAUCAUAAACAAAUAUUUCUUGUGGUUCUUUUACUUUUUCACCCUCUAGCUAGGUUACAUUUAAUGUAUUAAUAUUAAAUAUAAAUAUGGAUGAUAGUUUAAGUACCUUUAAUCCAAUAAGCAUGAAUUUUGACAUGCCUGCUGGUACAUUUGCCUCUGUUGAAGACGAGUCUGAAGAUGCUGAAGCAUUAGAACGAGAAAAGAGACUUGAUGAAGCUAUAGAUAAUUAUGAAGAUUUCUCUCCGGAUGAAGCUUCUUCUGAUUCAUCAGAUGAAUCUGACGAUAAUGAAGAGAGGUCAGAAAGUGAUUACUCUUCAGUAAGACAGUCAUGUGUAAAUGAGGCAGAAUUAUUGAAUUCUAAUCAUGUGGAUGAAUGCAGUCAAGUUACAGAAAGUUUAUAUGACAGUAGUUCCAGUCCAUAUCCAAAGGGAGGAAAAAAUAAUCAGAAUGAUUAUGGUGGUAAAAAUUAUUCUGUUCAAGGUGCAACUCAUAGCAUAAAUAGUGAAAAUAUUUCUGAUGUGGACAGCUGUGAAGAAAGGGCUAAUGGGAGGCAAAUCAUUAACCAAAACUGCCGAGUGCCUUCAAAGUCACUUCAAAACCAGACAAGGCAUCCUGCAGAGCAGAGCUGUACUUCAAACUCAUCUUCAGCCUACUCAAACAACUACUUGCAACCACAUCAAUCAAACAACCACUCAACACUCAAACAACCACAUCUUUCUCAAAUUAGUGAUCAAGAACUUACUCUAGAAGAUGAGUAUGUAAAGCUUAAAAUAUUAUAUGAAACAAAAAGUAAAGAACUGGAAGAAAGAACACGAGAAGAAAUAAUUUACAGAGAAAAUGUUAAACAUGAAAUCAGUUCCCUGAAGUCACAAAUCACAGUUCUAGAAGAGGGAAAAGAUCACCUGACUUCUAAUCUGCAAAAUGCUCAUAAAGUAAUAUCAGAUGUUAGACAUGAAAACAAUAUUCUUCAUGGGAAAUUGACAGCCCUUGAACUGCAAGUUUCUUCUCUAAGAGAAGAAAAAGAAAAUGUUCAAGCACAGUUAGAAAGGGAGCAAGUUGCUUUUCAGUUAUUUAAACAAGAGUGUCAAAACCACACUGCAAAUAGUUCAGAUUUAAGAAAACAGUAUGACAGUGCGAUCAAUAAUUUAAAAUUGCGACAUCAGAAAGAUACUCUUCUGUUAAAGGAAAAGAUAGAUGAACUACAGAAAAAAGUUGAAGAUGCAGAAAAAUUAAAAAGUAAAAAUACAGAAUUGCAACAGAAAUAUGAAGACCUACAGCUUGAAAAAAGUGAGCUUUUUAAUAAACUCUCUGCAAAUUUAGCAGCAAGUCAAAGACAGUGUGAAGAACUUCUAGAAUCAAGGCCUAGUGCGGAAAUAAGUAAUUUGGAAUUCCGGUUACAGCAUUUAGGAGAAGAAAAAUUGAAAUUAGAGCUGCAGAACUCUGAACUAAAAGAUGAAAUAAAAUCAUUGGAAGCUGAGUUGAAAACAGCACAAGCAUGGCAAAAGUGUGAUUUACCACCUAAUUCUCAAGAAAAGGUUAAAUCUAAUAGUGAACAAAGUUUAGACAAAGUAUUAUCUAGGGGUGCAGAUUUUCAGAGUGAGUUGGAACAAGCAUUGAAACACUUGCAGGCUUAUAGAACCCAGAAUCAUGAAUUAAAGAAACAGUUAGAAUAUUUGAAUAAAGAGCUCCCACUCUGGCAGAAAAAAGCAAACCUAUUUGAAUCUCGUGUGUCUGAUUCAGAAAAUAAAGCAAAGGAAUUAGAAGAAAAGCUAAGAGUAGUUUCGUUAAAUGAAACUGUUGCCCUUUCUGAACAUGAAAGUAAGAUGCGAUCUUUGGAAACAAAGCUCCAUGAUGUGCAAAAGAAACUUCAUGAUGCAAAAUGUAGGCUAAAGAUUGCAUUAUUCAACGAAAAACAAAUAAGGGAAAACAAUGAGAUAUUACAAAAAGAUAAACUAGAAAUGGUAAAGCAACAUGCUGAUGAUAAAAUAAAAGCUGUUGAGGAGUGCAGAGUGAAGUAUUUAGAAUUUCAUCAGAAUGCUAUUAAGAAACUAACUGAAGAUCAUUCAUCAAAAUCAGCUAUGGAAAUGAAAUCUCUGAGCACUAGUUAUGAAACUAAAAUAACUGAGUUAGAGAAAGAGAAACAAUUUUUGAAUGAUCAAUUACAUGAUGCGAAAUCUCUGUAUUUGAAUCAGAUUGAAGAAAAUAAAUCCCUGCAGUUAAAAUUAGAUAACAUUACUAAGCCCAAAGAAAGAGAAGAAAUUGAAAAGGAACUUCAAAUUGAAUAUGAAAAGAAAUUAAAGCAAUCUAAAGAGGAAUUGCACAAGCAGUGUAAUGACUACUUUGAGGCACGUUUAAUAGAGGAAAUUGAAAAGGCUCAAGUUGAUUGGAUAAAGCAAAAAAUGGUUGAUAUCAAGAAUUUUAUUGAUUCUACAAAACAAAAACUUGAUGAAGAGUUCCAAAACUGUUUGAAAAAGGAACAAGCAACUUUUCAAGAGCAGUUGGCAAAAGAGAAAGAAAAAUUGCAGUUAGAAUAUGAAGAAAAGUUUAGUGUUUUGAAGCAACAAUAUGAAGGUGAAAAAGAAAAGUUUAGUUCAACAUUGAAUCAAACAAUGCAGUCUAACUGGAAAAAAGAAAUAAGUAAAAUUCAAAAGAACCAUGAGCUUGAAAUGACAUCUAUUAGAUUUGAAUUUGAAAGUAAAAUUUUAAGUCUGGAAAAUGAAAUUAAAAAUUUAAAGGAUAACUUAUCACAAAAAUAUGAAGGACUAAAUAAGCUUGAAUCAUUAAAUAAUGAUCUUUUGCAUCAGAAAGAAGUAUGGGAAAAAGAAAAAACUGAAUAUCAAAACUAUGAAUUUAUAGCAAAGGAAGCAUUAAAAUCAGCUGAAGACUUGGAGAAAAAGCUCAGAGACAAAAUAAAAAAGUACCAGAAGCAUGUUUCUGUGCUCGAGAAAGAACAUCAAGAGAAAAUUUCAAAAUUACAAUCUCAGAUUUCUGAACUGAAUAAAUCCAUUUAUGAAAAACAAAAUCAGAUACUGGAAAUUGAAGAAAAAUAUGAGCAGAAAAUUGUUAGCCUUACAGAAAGCUUAAGAAAGUACACUGUUCCUCAUAGGAGCUGUGAAAGUCAGACAGUGGAGAAAUUUAUUCCCAAGGAGAUGUAUGAAAAAUGCAUCAAAGAAAUAAAAGAGGAAAUUAACAGCUAUUUUGCGGAAUUCAGAAAACGAGGAGCAGAGAGAUUGAAAAAAGUCUUAUCUCAUUAUCAUCAACAACUAACAUCAGUAGUCCUCCAGGAUAUUUCAAAAGACACGUUUUCUUCUGUGCCAAAUAUCUGCAUUCCUCAGAUGCAUUUUCGAAGUACUCCUAUUGUGAGUUCCAAUAAAAGCAUUCCAUCAGGUGGCUCAACAAAUCAACAAUUUAAUUCAAAAAUUAAAAUGCCUAGUGUUUCUUCUAUAUUUGAUAUUUACAAAUCUGGUGAUAGACAUUUUGUGCAUGAAGGUGUAGUAACUUCUACAAGAAGUGAGUUAUCAAGUGGUAUUAAAAAUUUCAUUAAUGCAAACCCUUCAUCAGCUUCUGCAGUACGGUUUGAAGACCUUUCUUUUGACUUUGUUCCUUCAAAAGAUGCCAACAAUGUUUUUCCAUCUAAUAUAUAUAAUGAUUUUACUCUACCUGAACACAGAUUUCGCACAGAUAUAAAUGACUAGACGAGGUGAUAUCCUGACAAACUGUCACAUGCUUUGUAACAUCUAAAAAUGCAUUUAAAAACCCUUCUUAUUUUAAAAGAGGGGGUGUAAAUCUUUACUGCCAAAAUACAUUCCAGUUAACUGUACCUACAUAAUUCUAUUCAUGUAAGUCUGCUGUCUGAAUUUUUUGUAUAUUACUGAACUGGUUAUGCUGUUCUGUCCUAGACCUCAAUUUAUACAAGCAUUUUUUAUUGCUAAUAAACAAAGUGUAAUGGAUUAGUUCAUUAUUUAUUAGAUUCAUAAGCAUCUUUCUAUUAGGUAUUGAGCUUGUAUUUGAAGGAAAUGCAGUGAAAACUGGUCUUUAAUAUUUUCAUAACUGGUCUUUUAAUAUAUUUGUAAUUGAAACCGGUCUUUUAGUGGCAGUGAAAACUGGUCUUUUAAUGUAUUUGUUAUUUAUGCUUUUUAUCACCCUUGUAUAUUAUUCAUAAAUAUCAUUCAUGUAUACCAUUCACCUGUUUUUAAUGUAAAUAUGAGUAUUGCAGUAUAAAUGCUGUGUGUGUAAUGAUAUCUAAAUAAUAAUAGUGAAAUCAUCAUUUUAUUUUGUACAUUUGUUUAUGGUGUUUUUAAACAUUUAACCUUUGAAAUUAUCUUAAAUAAAUUGUAAUACAAUUUGAAAUAUUUCAAUGUAUGGAUGCUUCAAAAGAUUACUUAAAUACAAGUAAAUAAUAAAUGUUAAAACUUUUAUAAUUAUUUUGAAAGAAAAUUUAUAAUAACUAAGUCAUAGAGAUUUAAGUAGUCAUCAUUUUAUGCAAAAUUAAAUUAAAGCUCUUUAAUGUGAAAAUUGCAACAAAAAAUAAUAAUAAUAAAUUAAUUAAUUAAGUUAUUUACUAAUUACUGCCAUUACAAUGUAUAUUUGCA